AUGGCAUCAUCCGAUAGCGAUAGCAGCUCGAGCAGAUCGACCUCACCCGAGCCUACGACCAAGCAAGAGAAGAAAUUGACCAAACUUGCAAAAGAGCAGGAGUCAAGCGAAGAUGAUACCUCAGACUCUGGUUCGGACUCUGGUUCAGACUCGGAUAGCGACUCCGAUGAUUCCAGCGAAAUGAAGUCCAACUCUAGCUCAGGAAAGAAUGUCGCAAUCUCCGGUCCUCAGCCCUACAAACCACCCGUGGGCUUUAAGUCUGCAAAGAAGCAGGCCCCGCUAUCCUCAAAAGCCUCCUCCCUUCUCUCCAACCUCAAGGGCAAACAAGUCCUCCAUCUCACAGCACCAGCCUCUCUUCCAUUGUCCAAGGUCAAAGAGGUAUGCAUGGCCAAGAUCAUGCAGGGUGAACCCAUCAUCGCCCACGACGGUGUCAAGUACGGCAUCCCAGCUGAGGCUUUUUCUGAGGCCGACCCCGCAACAAAAUCACUACUUCUCUUCGAUGAGACGACACAAACAUAUUCCACGGCAGCCAGCAGCAUUCCCAGUUACCACGUUCAGGAACUGAUCGGUCUCCCAAGCGCAUCGAAGAAGACCGAUGCUGCUGUGGCAGAAUUGCGCAAGUACGUCAAGCCGGCCAGACCCCAGCCGAAAAACUUGAAGAUGCGCUUCCGCCCUGUCGGAACUGCCAGUGCGCCCCCAGAGACCCUCGGAUCUAGCUCGGAAUCAGAGGCUGAGAUGCCUUCGUUUAAGGUCCCCAGAGGAGAGGAACGGAAGAGGAAGCUCGACCACGAUGAAGCUGAGAACGAAGCUCCUCAAGCGGCGGCGCUUCCUCGGAAAAAGUCAAAGAAGCUCUCACAAGAAAAGGGAGAUGAUGAUGGACAGAGCCGGAAGAAGUCCAAGAAGUCCCACACAGAAAAGGAAGAGAAGAAGCGGAAGAAGUCUGAAAAGGCAUGA